AUGGCGGAGAGUUUUGUGCAGAGGAGACUCCGGAAGGGCCGCGUCACGCUCUUCAAGAAGGCAGGCUGCCCGUACUGCGGGAACGCCGUGGAGAUCCUCAAGCAACACAGCUUUGCCCACAAAUGCCUGAAAGUGGUGGACAUCACCCAGUCUGAGGACGUCCAGGAGUACUUGCAGCAGGAAACAGGGCGAAGCACCGUCCCUUACGUGUUCAGCGAGAAACGCUGCAUCGGAGGGCUAGCCGACCUGCAGAGCAUGCGCAGCGAUCGCCCCGGCAUUCUGCAGCAGAUCGGUGCCCUGAG